AUUUUGAUAGCGCAUCUUGUAGAAAGUGAGGAUCUACCAUAACCGUUACUCGGCUGUCACGCCAAAAGUACAUUAUCAGUGAAAAAAAAAAAAACUUAUACAUAUUAAACAUCAAAUAAAUAAGUAGAAUAAGAAAACGACAUCAAUUGUAACAGACAGAAUGAAGAUCUCAGUAAAAAUAAAACUUACAGGAAAGUCGCAAGUCAUGACUCCUAAUUAGGGGAAAGACAAAAAGAAGUUGACGGAGACGGAAGGCGUCAUCGGAAGUUGCCGUCACCGUGACUGUUUUUGGAGGCGGGGGAGGUGGUCCUUGAUUUGUUGUUCGCCGUGAGGCAUCUUCACUUUUUCAAAGGGAAAGGAUGGGGAUUUCACCGGCGGAGUUAGGGAGCCCCGGAAAGGAGCAGCAGGCCGCUGGAGUGGGGAUUCUCCUUCAGAUUAUGAUGCUUGUCCUCUCUUUCGUCGUCGGCCAUGUUCUUCGCCGUCACAAAUUCUAUUAUCUUCCUGAGGCCAGCGCUUCUUUGCUUAUUGGUUUGAUUGUUGGUGGACUUGCUAACAUCUCCGACACUGAAACAAGCAUCAGGACGUGGUUCAAUUUCCAUGAGGAGUUCUUCUUCCUAUUUCUCCUACCUCCAAUUAUCUUUCAAUCAGGGUUCAGCCUAUCACCUAAACCCUUUUUCUCUAACUUUGGAGCCAUUGUCACAUUUGCUAUUCUAGGAACUUUUAUAGCUUCAGUUGUUGCAGGAGUUUUAGUCUAUCUGGGUGGUCUCAUGUACGUCAUGUACGGACUUCCUUUUGUUGAAUGCCUAAUGUUUGGUGCUCUUAUAUCAGCCACAGAUCCUGUCACCGUUCUUUCCAUAUUUCAGGAACUUGGCACUGAUAUGAACCUUUAUGCUUUGGUCUUUGGAGAAUCCGUCUUAAAUGAUGCUAUGGCAAUAUCUUUGUACAGGACAAUGUCCCUUGUAAGAAGUCAAGUCUCAUCUGGACAAAACUUUUUUAUGGUGAUUGUCAGGUUUCUCGAGACCUUUGUUGGUUCUAUGUCUGCAGGUGUUGGAGUUGGAUUUACUUCUGCUUUACUCUUUAAGUAUGCUGGAUUAGAUAUUGACAAUCUUCAAAACUUGGAGUGCUGUCUUUUUGUUCUUUUUCCUUAUUUCUCGUACAUGCUUGUGGAAGGUCUCAGGCUCUCUGGUAUUGUGUCAAUAUUGUUCACAGGAAUUGUGAUGAAGCACUACACAUACUCAAAUUUGUCAGAAAAUUCUCAGCAAUUUGUAUCUGCUUUUUUUCACUUAAUAUCAUCACUGGCUGAGACAUUUACAUUUAUAUACAUGGGUUUUGAUAUUGCCAUGGAAAAGCACAGCUGGUCGCAUGUGGGAUUUAUCUCUUUCUCAAUUUUAUUUAUUGGAGUUGCUAGGGCAGCUAAUGUCUUUUCUUGUGCAUUUCUGGUCAAUUUGGUUCGUCCUGUACAUCGGCAAGUACCUUUAAAACACCAAAAAGCACUUUGGUAUAGCGGACUUCGAGGGGCAAUGGCUUUUGCCCUUGCUUUGCAAUCUGUUCAUGAUCUUCCAGAAGGACAUGGCCAGAUUAUAUUUACUGCAACAACUGCCAUAGUUGUUUUGACGGUAUUGUUAAUUGGAGGUUCAACAGGUACAAUGCUAGAAGCUCUGCAAGUUGUGGGGGAUGGCCAUGAUGGCCACUUAGGUGAAAGCUUUGAGCUUAAUAAUGGAUAUGUUGCUCCAUCUUAUAAUGAAGAUGGAACAGCAGGGAACAGGUUUAAGAUGAAGCUGAAAGAGUUCCAGAAAAGCACAGUGUCAUUCUCUGCAUUAGAUAGGAACUACCUCACCCCAUUCUUCACAAGCCAGAAUGGAGAGGAUGAAGAAGAGCAUGACCUCUGUUGACACUAUAAUUGCCCUGAUUUGUGGCUGAAGAGGCAUUAGUGUAUGUAGUAUUACUGGUUUUAAAUUAGUUAUUUUUGCCACUGCUAUGUUCUCUAAUGGUUUUGCUUCAUUUUCCCACUUUUAACCUUUAUUUUUUAAAUUAUUAUAUUUUGUUUAUUUUGUUGAGUUAAUUUGAUAUUGAGUUUGAAGAGUUGUUUUUGGUAGGUAUAUGUUUCUCUGUUUUGCUUGAUAUUUGGGUGUGGGCUUUAUUAGCAUAUGUAUUAAUAUAGAUUAGCAUUAAGAUAUAGAGAAGAUGAGUGACACCAACUUGGUUAAUGAAUUACCAUAAAAGGCUAUUAAGGAUGUCAAAAUUAUAUAAAAUAAGGAUUGAUUCGUCCUUUUUAUUUUCUUUGGAAUGAGAGUUCGGUUCAUUCUGUAUGGUUUUAGUUGCAUUUAAGUAAAACUACCAAAUUGUCAUUAGAGAAAAUGAAAAACUGACUACAGAUUUAUUCCUAACUGCCCAGGUAAAUCAGAAAUUAGUAUUGUGAUUUUAAGUUCAAAUAAUGGUUUCUUGGCUGGAAUUAUGAUUUAUGUCUGGUAUUUAUUAGCAAUGCUUAUGUUUGUUUUUCUGUCUUUAGUUUAUCUUUUGAUGAACCGUGUCUUCUAUAUCAUGCCAUUGAAUAUUUGGGCUUACGUACUUCAGUUGUGCAUUGUGGUGUUU